AAUUAGAAAAUAACCUUAGAUAGUUCUCUAUAUAAAUAAAUGUAUCAAACCCGAGUAAGGUCACGAGAUCACAACAUUCAAAUAGUCAAUCGAAGAAGUAGAGUUUGAAAGGAGGUCUUGAGGAAAUGGAAUGGUUGAGAAUUACAUUGUGUUUGGUAAUUCUGCUGAGGACUGAGGGCCUUUAUGUAAAUAUCACUUAUGUUCAGACUGCUGUGGCAAAAGGAGCAGUUUGUUUGGACGGGAGUCCACCGGCAUACCAUCUCGACCGCGGAUUUGGUGCCGGAGUUAACAAUUGGCUAGUUCAGAUUGAGGGAGGAGGAUGGUGCAACAAUGUUACGACUUGCCUUGCACGUAAAACUAACCGUUUAGGUUCUUCGAAGCAAAUGAUUAAGCAGCUCGCUUUUUCCGCGAUUUUGAGCGAUAAGCCACAGUUUAAUCCCGAUUUCUAUAAUUGGAAUCGAGUGAAAAUUAGGUACUGCGAUGGCUCGUCGUUUACCGGUGACGUCGAAGCAGUGGACCCCGUCACAAAACUUUAUUACAGAGGAGCAAGGGUGUUUGUUGCUGUUAUGGAGGAACUAUUAGCAAAAGGAAUGAAGAAUGCACAAAAUGCUGUUCUGUCGGGAUGCUCGGCUGGUGGAUUGGCGUCAAUUCUUCAUUGUGAUAGCUUUAAAGCUCUGCUCCCCGUUCGCACAAAAGUCAAGUGUUUUUCCGAUGCCGGUUAUUUCAUUAAUACGAAAGAUAUUUCUGCAGCAGACCAUAUCGAAGCCUACUUUAACGACGUAGUUACAACACACGGAUCAGCGAAAAAUUUGCCGAUUUCGUGUACAUCGAAAAUGAAACCGAGCCUUUGUUUUUUCCCGCAAUAUGUGUCGAAAGAAAUCCGGACGCCACUUUUCGUUAUAAAUGCAGCCUAUGAUUCAUGGCAGAUAAAGAAUAUUCUGGCUCCCGGUGUAGCUGAUCCACACGGAAUCUGGCACGACUGCAAGACCGAUAUAACUAAAUGCUCGACUGAUCAGCUCCGAACAAUGCAAGGGUUCAGAUUAGAGUUUUUGAAAGCAAUUAGUAGUGGAUUAGGCCCCUUAAUUAAUACAAGAGGCUACUUUAUCAAUUCUUGCUAUGCACACUGCCAAACUGAAAUGCAGGAAAACUGGUUUGCAAUUGACUCUCCCAAGCUAAAUAACAAGACAAUUGCUAAGGCAGUUGGAGAUUGGUUUUAUGACACAAGUGAACCAUUUCAGAGGGGUGAUUGCCCCUACCCUUGUGAUAAAACUUGUCACAAUCGAGUUUUCGAUAUAUAGAUACAAAAUGUAUACGUAUUUAGUAAAAGUGACGUUACACAUAAACACAAUUUUUUAUCAAGGUUUCUGGAUAAUCGUCUCUAGUACGUACGAAGUGCUAUUGGAGCUUUAAUUUUUGAUCGAGAUUUCGAAUUCCUUUUGAUUGCGUGUAUAUUAACAAUUUUAUUUAUGAUUAUAUAUACACAUAAAUAAUAAUAGGGAAAAUUACAGUUUC